GAGGACGUGACGUCGUGAAAUGGACCAAUCCCUUAAUACCGAAAUUCUCGUGUUGUAUCGCGAUCUAUUUCGUUAGAUAAAUCUAUAACGCGGCUUCGCAAUCGGCCAUUUCGUCGGUACAGGCCAUCAGCUGUAGAGGGCAGUUGGGGUAUAUCAAGUCUACUGGUCACCUGAAAGACACACCAAGAACAUCGCAACAUGAAUGAGACAGCCAUUUCUUUCGCUAAGGACUUCUUGGCCGGCGGUAUCUCCGCUGCCAUUUCCAAAACAGCCGUCGCCCCAAUCGAGAGAGUGAAGCUGCUCCUUCAGGUCCAGCAUGCCAGCAAGCAGAUCACCGCUGACAUGCAGUAUAAGGGAAUCAUGGACUGUGUCGUCCGGAUCCCCAAAGAGCAGGGUUUCCUUUCCUUCUGGAGAGGUAACCUUGCCAAUGUCAUCAGAUAUUUCCCCACACAGGCCCUCAACUUUGCCUUCAAGGACAAGUACAAGAAGGUCUUCCUUGAUGGCGUUGACAAGCGCACCCAGUUCUGGAGGUACUUCGCCGGCAACCUGGCCUCUGGUGGCGCCGCCGGGGCCACCUCUCUCUGUUUCGUGUACCCCCUCGACUUUGCCCGUACCCGUCUGGCAGCGGAUGUGGGAAAGGCCGGGGCAGGAAGAGAGUUCAACGGUCUGGGCGACUGCCUGGUGAAGAUCUUCAGGUCUGAUGGUCUGAAAGGUUUAUACCAGGGCUUCAACGUGUCUGUGCAGGGCAUCAUCAUCUACAGGGCUGCAUACUUUGGCAUUUAUGACACAGCUAAGGGAAUGCUUCCAGACCCCAAAAACACCCACAUAUUGGUUAGCUGGAUGAUUGCACAGAGUGUAACAGCUGUUGCUGGCCUGACCUCAUACCCCUUCGAUACUGUCCGUAGACGCAUGAUGAUGCAGUCCGGACGCAAAGGAGCCGACAUCAUGUACAGCGGGACCAUUGACUGCUGGCGCAAGAUUGCACGCGAUGAGGGUGGCAAGGCUUUCUUCAAGGGAGCCUGGUCCAACGUGCUCAGAGGCAUGGGUGGCGCCUUCGUGCUGGUGUUGUACGAUGAGCUGAAGAAAGUCAUGUAACUCUUCAUGUUGUCGCAUCACUGUCCAAUUUGGCUAAAUGUAUUAACUUUCCAUUUCUAUGGACUUUGCAUUCUGCCUUAUUUAUGGGAACAAACUAGUGUCUCACCAGUAGCUGUGGGCGGUGGCUGUAAGUUGUGCAUCUAUGAUUUAAAAAAAACAAAACAAAAAAAGAACGUUCCACAUCCUCUUUACCAAUGUCAUUCCUGUUAAAGAAAUAUGAAUACCUCCUCCUGUUAUUCACUAGGUUUGUAUGGUCCCAACUUGAAUAAAUUCAUUCUGGGGAACAACCUUAACCAUUGAUGUCGACUGUCUGCUCCACUGUCAUUCCUGAGAUGAACACUCGUUGGAUAAUGAAUUGCACGAAGUGGAUUACACCCAACUGCUAUAUUUACUCAUGCUUAUCUCUGCCUGAGCCCUCCUGGUCUGACCGUGAUCAUUGCUAGGAUUGUAGAGUAGUAUGCCCAUGUGCCCGCCCCUUGAGCACGGCAUGCUAUUUGCAGCACACACAAUGGUUUUUAGUGCUUUUAGAUAUAUUUAGAUUAUGUGGGCAGGUUGCUGCUUACAGCAAAUCAGCAUGAUUAUAUCAGGAUGGUUCCCUCACUGCACAGACAAGUACACGCCGAUUAGGGGAGCUACUAAAAACCAUUGUGGCUGAACAAUCUUAAGAAUGCUCUGCAUCCCAUUGCACAAAGAAUACUGUCAUGAAAUGCGAUCACAAUAAACAGGCGUAUGCUUAAAGUCCAAAAAGCUGUUGAUGCAAUUUUGUUAUAGCAGUUUUUUGCAUGUGGUUGGAAAAUGUUUUCUAAAAUAGCCACCCCAUAGCCAGUACCAUUUUCUUUAUUCAGGCUGGCAUAAGGGCCCAGGGUAUUAACUGAUAAUAAAGCUCCAGUGCUGCUGGAAAUCUCUGUCCACUUAGUGGCGAUAGAGGCGGGCACAUGUAUCAAAGCAUUUAUUUUCCUGGUAGUUAGACUGACGUGGAAGUUUAAGAGUACGUCAGGGUUUGAUUAGUCCUGCCCAGCCCGAGCGGAGAAGUGCCAGGAGGGGGUGCCAGAGGAAAGGAAAAGGGACAUUUCCGCAAUCUGGCAGCACGUGCUGGGUUUCCUCUGAAGCUCAAGCAAGCUUGAAUUUUUUUUUUUAAUCCUCUCCUUAUUGAGAUUAAUUGGACAGAAAAUGGAAAAACAGCACGUCCCAUGUGUUCAUAUGGCUGUCUCUAAUACGGUUGGUCGACAUAAAACAACUUAGUGUAAGAAAUCCUGUUUAUACGAUUAGUUAAUGGAUGAUAGUAUGUCUAAUGUUUAACUGCUGGCUGUAAAGGAAAAAAGCACAUCAACUCAGCAAAAAAUCCUGAGAACUUUACAGUAUGAGAGUUUUGGGGGAAAAAAGAUUUAUGCAAAACCACAAUAUGUUAUAUAUUAUCUUUAAUUAAAUGAAGGCAGAGAGUUGCUCUUUCCCACAAAGUAUCAACAGUCAACUGGACUGAUUAUUUUGGUUCCAUAAGUGUAUAUCUAUUCUAUAUUCAUUUGUACACCAUCUUUCAACAUUUAUCCAUUAAAAUUUCUAACCUGAUCAAGUGUCUACAUUUUUGUUUAGAUUUCUUCUCAGUAGAUUGUGUACGCUUUACAGCUCUUACUAAAACUUUAUAGAUUAAUGUAGUAAUACUCUGUAUGUAAGAAUUAUUUGUGUUCUUAAGUUAUCUGGACUAUACCCAACGGACUAUGCUAUAUGGAAAUAAACAGAGAUUUCUCUUGUCAAAACCAGUUAAACAAGGACACACAACAAAGUGCAAAUAGAUCCUACUGUAUGGCUUGCAUAGAAAAUAAGUUACUUAAAUGGGAAAAUCAGACAGCAUUUAUCUGACCAGUGAGAAAUGCAGUCUGUUAUUGUAUUACAAUUAAUAAAAGAUAAUUUUUCCUUGUGCUCUUAAACUGUCUCCCAUUGUUUCUGUGUAUAAUUAACUGUUAUGUAAUUUCUUU